AUGGCGGCGGCGGACAGCACCGGGCUGAACUCAGCAGCAGCAGGCGCGGCUGCUCGGCUGAACGGCGGUGACAUUAGGCCGGAAACUAUGGCAGCUAGACUUCGGCGGAGGAGUGGCGAUGAGAGAGGGCGGAGGAGAGGAAGAGACAGGAGUUCGACAGAGAGAUAUCAGAGGAAUUUGAGACUGCUUGGAGGCGGAGGAUUUGGGAGAGAAAGAUCAGGAGAAGAGAUUGAUGUAAAUACACCAGAAUGCCCUAUAGAACUUAAAUCAUUUGUUGGUCGUAGCUUCCCCACAUUGGACAACGCAAUUGAAUUUUACGAGAACUAUGGUCGAAGUGUUGGAUUUGAUACAAGGAAGAACGGUUCAAAGAAGGUUGAUAAUAUCACCAUAUGGGUUUACAUGGUGUGUAACAGAGAAGGUGAACAGAAAUUUAGCGAUCAACAACCCAAACGACGACGUAAAUCGAAAAAAUGUGGAUGUAAUGCUUGUGUUGCAUUCAAAUUCGAUUCUGACCGUGGUUACGUCAUUCAACAUUUGAACGUAGAACGCAACCACCCCAUGGUUGAUAUACAACACCAGGAGUUCAUGAGAUUAAAUCGUCAACUUGAACUAGUUCACCAAAAAUUUAUUUUGGAUUGUGCUGGUGCUAAUAUCGGUCCAUCUCUCACUUUCAAGCUAUUGACUGAAUUGAUGGGUGGAUAUGAGUCUGUUGGGUGUACUGUGUUGGACAUUCGUAACUACACACGGGACAUCAGAAGAUACGCCGAAGGAUAUGAUGCCCAAAUGAUAAUAGACGAGAUGAAGAAGAAGAAGGAAAAUUGUGACGCCUUCAUGUACGAGUAUGAAGUUGAUUCUCGUAGUCGACUGAUGCAUUUAUUCUGGUGUGAUCCUAUUGCUAAGAUGAAUUUCAUGCAAUUUGGUGACAUUGUCUCGUUUGACACUACGUACUCAACUAAUAGGUACUCAAUUAUUUUUGCUCCGUUCACUGGGAAGGACAACCAUGGGCGCACAGUGUCCUUUGGAGCUGGUUUGCUUUGUAGUGAGAGCGCAGACUCUAUCUCUUGGCUAUUCAAGCAGUUUGUCAAGUGCAUGGGCAUAGCUCCCAAGUUGAUAAUUACUGAUCAAGACUUGGGCAUGAAAGUUUUUGUUGAAAAAGUUCUUGUGAAUACACGUCACAGAUGGUGUACGUGGCACAUCAUGGCAAAAGUGGCUGAAAAGGUUCCUAAGUCACUUCUGGGUAAUCCUGAUUUUAAAAAGGAUUUGAAUUCAUGCGUUUGGUCUGAGUUGAUUGAACCCACAGAGUUUGAAGACAAGUGGAAGACUGUGAAGGAGACAUAUGAACUUGAAGGCGCUGAACGGUUCAGUUCUAUGUUCGAAUCAAGAAAGUUUUGGGUUCCUGCAUACUUUAGGGACUUCCCUAACAGUUCUUUGAUAAAGACGACUUCUGUUUCGGAAUCUCAGAACAGUUUUUUCAAGAGGUAUACUCAAUCUCAGACCAAUUUCAACAAUGAUGUUGAUGCCCAACGAAACUACUCCGCAAAGCUGGAUUAUAUGGAUUAUAAUACUACCGCAAAGAUGAAAACAGAGUGGUCUCUUGAGAAGCAUGCAUCUACAAUAUUCACAGAUGGUGCAUUCAAGGAAAUUCAAGAACAGAUACAGGAGGCUUAUAACCACUGCAGCCUUGUAUCUAUAUCAAAUGAUUCAAGUCCAGAGGUUUACAAGGUUUUAGAUCAUUUUUCAAACACAUGGACUGUCACAUUCUCUGUGGAGGAUUCUGUGUGUCAAUGUGGUUGUAAGAUGUUUUCUAGGACUGGUCUUGUAUGCUGCCACAUCUUCCUUGUGUUGAAGAACAAAAAGAUGCGCUUGAUUCCUGAGAAUCUGAUUAAAGGUCGAUGGUUGAAAUCUCCUCUGUUUAAGGCUGUUCAUGUCGUCCAAUGCCAAGAUGUAGCAACACAUGUUUAUGUUGAUGUGAAGAAGAAGGCACAAGCAAUUUUGUUGGGAGAGAUGUUGGGUCUAUACCAGGCUGUAUCUGUCGAUAUUGAUCAAAUUCAUGAGCUAACAUCUAUAGUUCGUGAAGCAAGAUAA